CGGGGGCAGGGCCAGCGCAGGAGCCGAGCGACCUACAGGGGCGUCGGGCGGAUUAUGCAGGUGGGGGGAGGGCGCGAGAUAAACCAUGCCCCAUUUUUGCUCCCAGCAGCAGUAGCAGCGGCGGCGGCGGCGGCAGCGAUGACAGCCUCUCUCACGCUAACUUGAGAGCCAUCAGGAACUGGAACCUGCCCACGUGUGUGUCUUCCAUCCUCACUGCCCUGCGCUCUAACACACCCUGCUCCCAGCUGCUACCCGGGACAGGAGGAAUAUGCAUCUGGAGAUCAAGGUCGCCCUCAACUUCAUCAUCUCCUACCUGUACAACAAGCUGCCCCGGCGCCGCGCGGACCUCUUCGGGGAAGAGCUGGAGCGCCUGCUGAAGAAGAGGUACGAGGGUCACUGGUACCCGGACAAGCCCCUCAAGGGCUCGGGCUUCCGCUGCGUGCACAUCGGGGAGAUGGUGGACCCCGUGGUGGAGCUGGCGGCCAAGCGCAGCGGCCUGGCCGUGGAGGACGUGCGCGCCAACGUGCCCGAGGAGCUGAGCGUCUGGAUCGACCCCUUCGAGGUCUCCUACCAGAUCGGGGAGAAGGGCACCGUCAAGGUCCUGUACCUGGACGACAGCGAGGGCUGCGGCGCCGCCGCCGAGCUGGACAAGGAGAUCAAGAGCAGCUUCAACCCGGAGGCCCAGGUCUUCGUCCCCAUCGGCAGCCAGGACAACUCCCUGUCCAACUCGCCCUCGCCGUCCCUGGGCCAGUCCCCCAGCCCCACCUUCAUCCCCCGCUCCGCCCAGCCCAUCACCUUCACCACCGCCACCUUCGCGGCCACCAAGUUUGGCUCCACCAAGAUGAAGAAAGGCGGCGGCGCCGGCGGGGCGGGGGGCGGGGGAGGCGGCCAGCAGCCCCCCCCCCAGCAGCCCCGCCUGGCCAGGUCUCCCCCCAACACCCUGCUGCGGCAGAAGGGCCUCUCCCUCUCUAUGCAUUCUCUGAACUUCAUCGGGGCGGGGCCAGCCCCCCAGUCCCAGCUCUCCCCCAAUGCCAAGGAAUUUGUGUACAACGGUGGCUCCCCCAGCCUCUUCUUUGAGGGGGCCGACGGGCCGCCCGGCGGCGGCCUGACCUCCGCCCCCUUCGGCGGCCCCAGCGGCAGCGGCUCUGGCGGCGGCGGCGGUGGCGGCGGCGGCUUCGACGUGGCCCAGGUGUUCGGAGGCGGCGCCAACGGCCUCUUCCUGGAGAAGUCCCCCUUUGUGGAGGGGCUCAGCUACAACCUGAACACCAUGCAGUACCCCAGCCAGUCCUUCCAGCCCGUGGUCCUGGCCAACUGACCACCCGCAGGGGGCCACCGAAAAGAGAAAGGAAAGGAAAGGAAAGGAAAGGAAAAAAAAAAGGAAAAAUAGAAAUAUACAAAAAGAUUUCCGAUCUUCUUCUUCCUUCUGGCUUCUUGGGAAAAAGAUGCACGGGCCAGGCCUGGGGCCGGGAGCUCCCCAAACUCCCACAGAUGUUUUAACUUGAUCCCCUGCUCUUUUCCUGCCUGUCUCUGAAUUUAUUUGGUUGGUUGGUUUGGGGUUUGGAAUUUCUUUUUCUUUCUGUUUUUUACAUUUAGGGUUUUUCUUUGUUCGUUUGUUUCCCCCUGACAUCGUUAGUGGCUUUGAGCUAAAAGUGGUCCAGACGGGAGUUCGCCCUUCCUCUUGUACCCGACUGGUCGGGCCGGGCCGGGGGGAGCCGCUUGCUAUCCAGGAAAGGGCCCUGCGGGAGAGGAGAGCCCCUCCCUGUAAGAUGGCAGCCUCUCCCCGGCCCCCUCCGAAGCCAGACCCCCGAGAGAUUUGCCCCGACCUGGCUGGCGAGGAGCGCCGGACAGCGACGGCCCCCCCCCUCCCCGGCCCUGCCUCGGGGGGCUCAGGCCACGGGCCUUCACCUCUGUUCUGUGGCCUCCCUCGCCUUAGCCCUUCCCAGCUUGCCCAAACCUUUGAUCUCAGGGGCCCCCAGGGAGCCGUGCCCCCUCCGCCUUCCGCAGCUCGGGCAUCUCCCCCCGCCUCAGUUCUUGGGCUAGGGGCGUCCCGUUUUGGAGGACCUGACGGGCCACCAAGCCAUAUUCUGGGGUGGCCGGUGGCCGUGAGCGGGGCGGGCAGGGGGCGGGGCGGGCGAUCAUCCCAGAACACUCCAGAUCAAUCGGGCUGUGAAACACAGGGCAGAAUGAGGGCUCCCAGCCGCCUGGUUUCCAGACUACCUGCACUUUUAUUUCAGACUCUGACCAAAAAUACAAAGAAACAAGGUUUUCUGCUCCUGAGGAGUGAGUCAAGGCUGCACAGCAGGGCCGGGCUUGCCUGGGCCUUCCUCCCCCACCCCACGGGGGUCCAGCCCGAAUCCAAGGAUGCGGAGUGCUCGCCCUGACUGACCCUCAAGAGCAUUUAGGGGUCCCAAAGCAGUGCCUGGAGGAGGGGGCUUGGACAAAUGAGUGAACUAAGACUUGAAUUCAGAGUUCAUUUUCCUUCCCCCUUCUUCCCCCUUUCUUUCUGCCCUUCCUCGGCCUUAAGCUGCAGCGGACCUGGCUACCCCCUCCCCUCAUAGCCCUUUUUCAUUGCUGCCUUUUUGGGGGGAGAUAAUGGGUUGGGCAGGAGUCCUCAGCCCACUCCCAGCCCUCUCCAAGGUCUGGAUCAGUCCCCGGAGGGCUGGCUCUGGCCUCUCUGGGUCAGCCCCCAGAGGGCUGGUUUUGUCCUUUCCAGGGUCCUGAUCGGCUCCCAGAGGGGGCUGGCUCUGCCCUCCUAAGAGCAAGAGAGGAGAAGUGGGCAUGCGACUUUUGACUGGCUUGGCCUGGAAGGAACAGGGCAUCAAGGCUGGCCUCCUGUGCCCACUAGAGCCUCUCCCCCCACCCCCGCCUCCGGCACUGGGUUGUACCAAAGCCCCUGGUCCGGGUGCCGAGGCGGGUGGAAGCCGCGGUCCGGUGGCAUCUUAGCCAGGGUCCCCACUGUCAGCGUAGCCGCCCUCCUAUCCCACCCCGCUGUCGGGCAGUUCAGCUCUACCUCCCCGGCCAGGCAACCUCCUGGCUUUGUAACCCAGCACCGCCCGCCCCUGCUCUCCACACCGUACUCAGGGUUGAGCCCUGGCAGGGCAGCCCUUCUCUCCCCACCCACCCCCUAAAAAACAAAACAAAAAAAAAAAUGACAAAUUUGCCUCUCCCGGCAGGCGCCAGGGGCCCAGGCAGAAAGGCGCCGGCUCUCCAUGCUGCUUGUGAGAGACCAGAUGCUGCCUUAGUUCCUCCACUUCAGCAUCCAGCCCUGGCUGUGUCAAACCCCACACACGGAGUCCCCGGGGCCGGGCCCGGGAAGGAAGGACCGAGCCCCUGCCCCGAGCUCGCUCUGUCCCAUCUCAGACAUAGGCAGUCAUCUUCAAUUUUAUUUUUAUUUUUUAUUUAAAAACAAAAAGAAAAAACAAACCUGCACUAAUUUACCUGAUUUCGUAGGAAAGCUUUUUUUUAUUUUUUACAUUUUUUUUUGGUGUCCGUUUGUAAUGAAUAAUUUGCUACAUUUGUAAAAUGUAAGAGGUAUAUAUAAUAUAUGUAUAUUUCUAACGUAAAAAAAUUGUAAUUUUUUCUUUUGGAGAUUUUUUCUUAAAAAGAGGAGAGAAACAAAAAAAAAUAUUUUUUCAGGAAAACAAACUUUGGGAAAAAAAAAAGAGAGACUUGAACCCUUUUCUCCCUGGGGUCCCCAUCCCUCACCAUCCCACCUCCCCGGGAAGGAAUCCAAAAUGGGGUUGACUUGCAAACUCAGGCCAGCAUGAGGGAUUUUCUUCUCAGUGCAGCAGGGUUUAGAUUGUCUCGUCUUGCCUCCAGUGUGGGACGGGGGCACAGGGGAUCCAGAGAAGGGGUUGGGGGCUGGGGAGCAGAAUAGUUUAUUUUUUUCUUUAGUGAAGGAGGAAUACAAUCAGGAGUUUUGUAUUCAGACCGUCGUGCAAUAUUUUGGAACGGGACAUUGGAGUGUUUCGAGAUUUAGUUUGAAAAAACACACGGUUGAUCAAAUCUGUACAGUUUCUAUUGGUUCAGAUUUUUUUAAGUUUGUAUUAAAAGCAUGAUAUCUAA